ACGCCCCCUCCCGAUUAAUCAAUCCCAGAUCAUGAGAAUAGAAAUAGCUUACCCUGGCCCCUCUAUCCGGGCCUCUCUGUUUUGAUUGUUCUACCCUUCUAAAGUCAGAGAGCGAUUUCCUUUGCCUUCUGCAUUCACCACUGCUUCCUUAAUUUGUCAUCUCUGGGCUGACUAGUCGACUCGCAGGAAGCGAUGCACGUCCACGGGCGCGGACCACCUCGUCUCGCACUUGGGCUUCACUUGAACCGUAUGCUUCAGAUACCGUGAUUGCUUCCCGACCGAAUGCGCCGAAGAUGAUCAGCACCACACGCGGCCUGCGUAGGCGAGAGUGAGAGAGAGCCAUGAUUCAUGCCGGCCCACUGUGGCCUAAUGCAGACACACUUGCAGCGGGCGGGAGAGGAGGAUUGACUGGCCCCUGAAGUCUCAAGGUGCUGAGCUGAGGGGAGUUCAGUCAUGAGCUGGCCAGGUGGUGGCAGUGGUGGCACCAGUGACCCUGUGGAGUCCGAUCCCUCCGUCCCAUCCUCCUCUCCCCUGAGAACCUCGACCCCUGGCCCCCGUCUGCAGGUGCAGCGCUCGCUCUCGCGAGACACCAUCACCAUCCACUUCUCCGCGCAGGGCGGCGAGGAGGACGAGGAUGAGGAAGAGCUGUACGGCCCCCUGCUGGACCACGCCGGCGUUGCGGCGGGCGUGGAGGCCGGAGAGGAGCUUAACAGCCACCACCACCAGGGGGCGAAGGCGAGCAGCGUGGCGACAACGACGUCAGCAGCAGCAGUUACUCCUGCUGGUGUUGUGGGAGCCGCUCCUCCGCAUACCCAGUCCCCAGCCGUGGCCAUCCUGAAGUCCUCCCCCUCCUCAUCCUCCAUGUCCUCCAUCAGCUCCUCCUGGCCCUCCAACGCCCCUCACCAAGCCCCGGCCCUGGCCCCUACGCACCCUCUUUCCACCAGCUCCUCUCCGGUCCGAGCUCCACCACCGACGGCAGCUCCCACCCCGACGCCGGCCUCUGCGUUGCCCUCUAAGCCCUUCAUGAGCCCUGUCAAGUCCCUGUCGUCGGACAUUGAGCCCAAGGAGCCCCCAGGAGCUCAGCCAUCCUCAUCCUCAUCCACCUCCUCCGCACGUCAGUCCCACUCCCAGCCACGCCGCCACCUGAUGAAGACCUUGGUCAAGUCACUGUCCACGGACACGGCCAGGCCCGACGCCUCAGACUCCCGUCACCGGCAGUUCUUCAAGCAGUUCAGCCAAUCUCGCCCUGGAGGAGGAGGAGGUCAUCCGGGGCCUCCUGGAGACUCCAAAACAGCGCCCUCAUCGCCACUGGCCUCCCCGCUGGACGGACGGCCGUCUUCGUCCUUCUUCAAGAUGUCCGAGGUGGAGACGCGCAUCGAGGACACACGCCGGCGCCUCUCGGAGGUCAUGAGUGAGCCCUUGCAGAUGCUGAAUAAGUUCAUGGGUGAGGAGGGCAGCAGUGGUGGAGGUGGGGGCUCGUCCGGGAUUGGAGCCUCCGGGUCGGCUGGUCAACGGACCAGGACUCUGUCCUCCAGCGCGAGCGAGCUGACCAGUCUUGCUGGGCUUAACGGCCAAUCGGAGAGCAGCAGCUACAGCAUCAAGGAGGAGGACCAGGGGGACCUGGAGGAGGAUGGUGAUGCUGAGGCUUGGAGGGAAGCUACUAGCAUGACCAGUGCCCACACGACCAGUCGGACAGCCUCAGGCUGCGGUCCUGAGACGACCGUGAUUUUUUUAUCCUCAUUAUCAUCAUCGUCAUCAUCACCGCCAGUGCCACCACUCCCUCCUGCCGCCACUCACCCACACCCGCCCCCGCCGCGCUCGCCCUCCCUGGGCCUGGAGCGCUGCACCAUGUCGGCCUUGGUCAGGCAGGAGGACGAGGAGUUCUGCGAGCUCUACAGCGAGGACUUUGAGCAGGAGUCGGACACGGAGACCGAGGGCUGGCACGACACGGCCACCGCCGCGCUCCGACGCCAGAGCAGCCUGACGGGCGCUUACGACACGGACGAUGAAGAUGAUGAUGCUGACGAUGAGGAUGAUCUGGAGAUGGACCGGGUGCCGGGAAUACCCCACAACAGCCUGUUGCUCCUCAUCUCAGUGGUAUACGGAUACUUUGUGCUGCCGCUGCCCCCCUACGUGGAGGCAGUGCUGAUGGGCAUGGCCGCGGGGUUCAUGUUGGCCAUCCUGGUGGUGUGGUUGUCUGCACCACGCCACGCUGCCUUCCCCUGCUCCGCUUUCCCCAGGAGACGCAAGAACCGCUGGAACCUGACGCUGCUUGAUAUCAAGGAGCCCGGGGUGUUUAAGGGCUGGAUGAAUGAGAUCCUGAGCUAUGACCCGGAGACGUACCACGCCACCCUGACCCACUCCGUGUUCGUGCGUCUGGAGGGCUCCACGCUGCGCCUGUCCAAGCCCAGCCGCAACAUCCCCCGCCGGGCCUCCUUCAACGAGGCCAAGCCCUCUGUCACCUACGUCAGCCAGAAGAUAUACGACCUCACCGACAGCAAGAUCUCUCUGGUGCCUCAGAGUCUAGCCCGGAAGCGUGUGUGGAACAAGAAGUACCCCAUCUGCAUCGAGCUGGGUCCCCAGGAGGAUUUCAUGGCCAGGGCCCAGGGGGACAAGGCCGAGGCCGGGGAGGACAGGCCCUCGUCUGCAGGAGGGUCUGCAGCCGACAAGCCGGAGGGUAGUGCAGCUGCUGAGGAAGGCAUGGUGAGGAGGCCGUCAGGUGACCUCACGCUUUACCUCUUCGGGCGGACGGGCAGGGAGAAGGAGGAGUGGUUCCGUCGGAUCCUCUUCGCGUCCAGACUGAAGUCUGAAGUCAAGAGGCCUGCCAGCGUCGCAGGGGUCCUGCUGCCGUGUCACGGGGGCCUGUCCCAGAGUCGCAGCAGUAGCCGGGGGAGCCUGGAGGAUGGUCAGCCGCUGCUGCCCCGGCCGCGGGAGCUGCCCGCGGGGUUGAAGCAGAAGAUUCUGGACUACAGCGUCUACAUGGCUCAGUACGUCAGCCACGCGGACACCAGCCGACCAGCCAGCCCCUCCCCCAGCGCCACCAGCAGCCCUGGAGCUGGCAAGAAGUUGCUGGAGGGUCAGGAGGAAGGCUCCGAGUCGGAGGCCUGGGUGAACGCGCUGCUGGGGAGGAUCUUCUGGGACUUCCUGGGCGAGAAGUACUGGGCGGACAUGGUCUCCAAGAAGAUACAGAUGAAGCUCAGCAAGAUCCGGUUGCCAUACUUCAUGAAUGAACUAACGUUGACUGACAUGGACAUGGGCAUCACUAUUCCCAAGAUCCUCAAGUCCACCAGGCCCUACGUUGACCACCAAGGCCUGUGGUUCGAUCUGGAGAUCUCUUACCACGGCUCCUUCCUGAUGUCACUGGAGACCAAGAUGAACUUGUCCCGGCUGGGGAAGGAAGGAGAGGGGCUGGGCGAACUCAAGGAGGGGCCUAGGCCACGGAUGUACUGUCUGGCUGACAGCGAUGAGGAGUCCUCUAGUGCUGGAUCAUCUGAUGAGGAGGAGACUCAGGAGGUCUUCACUGAUAAAGCUGUUCUUCCUGGAGCCGAAAGUUACGUUGGUGGCCACCGGCCCAGCAAGAUCAUCCGCUUCGUGGACAAGAUCGCCAAGUCCAAGUACUUCCAGAAGGCCACGGAGACGGAGUUCAUCAAGAAGAAGAUGGAGGAGGUGUCCAACACCCCUCUGCUCCUCACCGUGGAGGUGCAGGAGCUCAAAGGAACUCUGGCAGUCAACAUCCCCCCACCCCCCACCGAUAGAAUAUGGUAUGGCUUCAGAAGCCCUCCGCAUCUGGAGCUGAAAGCCCGGCCCAAACUGGGGGAGAGAGAAGUGACUUUUGCCCACGUGACUGACUGGAUUGAGAAAAAACUUGACCAGGAGUUUCAGAAAAUAUUCGUCAUGCCAAACAUGGAUGAUAUUUGGUUACCCAUAAUGCACUCUGCCACAGACCCGCGCUCUAACGCAGCCUUGUCAGCAAUGAGGACGGACUCUUUAAAGGACACGGAGCUUUCUUCUGAUGCUGAGCUUUCCACUCAGAGUGACUUCUGAUAGAGUGCUCCUUUUUAGGGGGCACAAACAAAACAAACAAAAAAACAGCGGUUGACUGAAGCAGAACUUCCUGGGUUCAAUGCCCUGUGGAUAUACAUGGUCAAAAACAACAGAUGAAACUGUGCUUUCCUCUCGGUGGGAUUUUUAAAAUGAAAAACUAAUAAUAUGGGAACGGAGCCAUUAUUUAUUUAAAACAUCACAGAGCCUCACCCCCACCCCCACAGAACCACUGAAUGACAUGGAUACUGGACUGGACUGUCCUGGACACUCAUCCAUUUCUCAUUGGAUGACAGGAUAUUGGAUUGAAUUCCUUAAUUAAUACAUGACAGAAUCUCAGCCAAGAUGGAGUUUUUUAAACACUGACUAGGCUCCGAAGCCUCUUUGUCCACUUUCCCUGGCUUUCUGAGGAGGCCCUAGGGUCGGGAAUGUAGACUGGAGUAUGUUAUCGGGACGUUUUUACCAUAGCAUGUAAUAUUGCACUGCAAACCCAAGCAUUCCAGAAAGGAAACAAGAAUGAGGGAAAAAAGUAAAGUAAGAGGAAAAGAAGUGGCUGGAGCACCAAUAUAUAUAUAUUUUGUUUUGUUCAGUGGGUGCCGGUAUGUGUGUUUGUGUACUUAAUAUAAACACUGACAGGUAUGUGGGAAAACACACACAUGCUUUUGGGUGGAGGAGGAGCACUCAAGGCGAAUGACACAGGUGUGUUGGCGUCAGUCACGUGUGUUAAAGCCAUCCCUGAAUACGAUUAUGCGCCACAAUAAAACAGUGCAAGGCUGGGGGGUGGCAGAAUUGGGUUCUCAUUGCAUUGUACGUAUGCAUUGGGUUUGGGUCCCUUUCUGAUGACUCUGUAAUGGGCCUGGUCAAACCUGUGAGAAGCAGGCUACUGUGUACUGUGUUUUGUCUGUGUACGUGUGACGACUCACGUGCUGUUGAUCAUUCACACACACAGACAUGAGCGCACUCACACCUACUGUAGAGGUGUGCAGAAAAGACAAAAGCCUCCACUCUCAAGCCCACGCAUCCCUUUGUCUGGCUGCCUCCACCCCAUUGUGUGUCUCGGCUCAUUCAGCAUUGGCAUUCGACUUAUGCAAGUAGAUCAACAUCACUGUGUUCAUGUACUUUGUAUGUACAAUACCAGCCAAGACGCGGCCUCUGUCCUCCUGCCCAACUAACCCUGAUGAUGCCAGAGUCUCUCUCUCUCUCUCUCUCUCUCUCUCUCUCACACACACACACAGCAAAGCGAUUAGAUGAAAGUGGGAGAUGUUCCGAAAAGAUGCUGUUUCUGAUCAAGGCACAGUCAAUUAAUUUGGAGUAAGUUGUAAACCUAAAAACAGUGGCAGCCUCUGUGGCUUUAUUCCCCAAUCAAAAAAGUCUGAGGGCGCUGGUUAUUAAGUUUACUCUGUGGUCUGAGUAAACCAUCUUUAUGGAAUGACCGUCUGGGGAGUAUUCCAAUAUGUUGUAAACCAGGUUAGUAGUAAACCAGAUUAAGUAACCAGGUUAACUUAGUCAGGGUAUCACUUAACCACCUUCUUGGUAUGACCCCCUGGUGUCUGUGGCCUGCUUGAUUACUCAUUUAGCAAUGAGGCUGGAGUAAGUGUGUAUGCAUUUUUUUCAAUGCCCAGUUAUAGUUCUCAAUAAAUGUGCUGUACAGGGACAGCGUGGGAAGAGGCGGUGUGAGGGGUGGGGGUCUUUACAGCCAAAAGCAAUGUGUCUUAAAUCUGUCAUCAAUGCGGGCUUAAUGAAUGUAAGUGAGAGGCAUCAUUUUAUAUCCACACCACACGGUUCAGAGGGAGGAAGUACAUCUUUUUUGGUGUUCACACUUUGUGCUGUUUCAUGUCACAUUCUAUAUGAGUUCCUCUGGUAUUAUUAUAGAUAUUGUUGGGUAACAUUAUGAAAAGAAUGUUGCAUUUUCAUCUUCACAGAAUUGAGACAUACUACUAUAAGAUACAUGUGCAAAUCCAGGAAAAAAAAAAGAUCAAGAUUACGUCAUGUCAGUUGUGUGCAGUUAAAGGUUUUGUAUUCAUCCAUAAUGAGCUUGUGCGCGCCUACAAAUAGCAUUACUGGUUGCAAAGUGAAAAAAAAAUCAAAAUGUUUUAUACAAAUAAAAAGGUCAUGUGUUCCGUUAAGUCAUGCUUUUUCUUAGCUUUGAAAAAGAAAAAAAAUCUGUCACCUGUGCACUUAUCAAACUGUUAAAAGAGGCAGUUUAUCAUGGAGGCAGAAGUGCCCUUACUAUCAGCGUUGCUCCGUUGCCAUGCAGUAGAGUCCAGCAUGUCCUCUUUAGCAUAUCCAUCAAAGUGGUCCUUUUAUUUAUUUCAUUUCACUCAUGAAUUAAAAAAAAUGUGAAAGAAUGAUUGCUCAUCCCCAGUGCCAUAAUGUGAAUACAUGGGGAUUAAAAUAAAUAAUUUAUAUGGUUUAUGUUUUCAUGUUCUGGCCAGUGUGCUUCUUAUGCCAAAUAAUGUUUCUAUUUUUGUUUUAUUUCAAAUGUCAUUGUUGUGUUUGUGUUUGUCAUGGCAGCUUGGACAUGAGGGAUCUAAUAAAAAAUAACUUUUG